CCGUUCCUCCCAGUGUUCAUUCAGAGCUCAGCCGUUCAGACCAUCACACCUCUCUGAGCUUCUUCUCUCUCUACUGCCUCUUUGUCUCUUCUGUCACAUCCAUCCGUCCGUCCAUCCAUCCAUCCUCCCCCUCUUUCCCUUUCUGCCUCCCCCUCUCUCUCUCUUCCCUGUCCUCUCUCCAUAUGAACCAUGUCCAGCUUCAGGUUUGUGUCUCUGCUCGGAGUCUCAGUGCUGCUGCUGCUGCUGGCUGCUGUUUGUGAUGCUCAGUAUUACGGUGACUUCACGCAGGCUCCAGACUACGACUCCGACUACAACGCCACCUUCGAGUACAGCUUCUACAGUAACGCCAGCAGUGAGGACCUGGACAGGUUCAGCGAGCGAUUCAUGGACGAGGAUGAGGAGGAUGGGCGGGAGGAAGAGGACACAGGAGGGCAGCAGGGGCAAGAGGAAGCGACAGUUACCAUGGCAACCACCAGAGGUGUCACCGUGAGGGGCGGAGUUCACGGCCGUAGCACCGCAUCACCUCCUGUUUCUCUGGAAAUCAAGACGCUGGUCUGGACUCUGAUAAGCCUGAUGAGUCUGAACUUACUGCAGCUGUGACACUCACUGUGAGACACAAACACACACUAAGCAACUGUCAUCAGGUGUGUGUGCGAUCACCUGACCCGAAGUGGGCGGAGUCACUUUAACCUCAGCAGAGAGUGAGCCCCUCCCCCUUCUAAACAUGGCUGCCCAGGUGGAUUUCAGCCAAUCAGAGACCAUCUUUAUUUCAGCAGCGGAGCUCUGAAUUCAUAAAACAGAUUAACUUUAUCACAUGAGGAAUCAUAUAUUUCAGCACCUGAAGGUGGCAGAAAGACAACAGGACCAAGGUCUGAACAAUACAUUUUAUCUGCUGGCAAAAAAUAUGGAGGUUUAUUUAUGCCAAAACUGUAUAGUCAACCUGUCUUCAAGAAAUGACAUUUAUAUUCAUAACAGCAGGUUAAAACUUUAAACGUUUAAUUAAUGAAGAAAUUAUGUUAACUGAUGUAUUUGUUACUUUGCAAAAAACACUGACACCAAAUGUACCGGGCUUUGCAAAAGUUCUGUUACACUCGGUUUCAUGAUCUUUAGAGACGUUUACAUGUCGGAGUGAAAAAUUCCAUUAAAUAAACUGAAAGUUCUACCUUAUAGGCAGGUGUCCUUAAUACAAAUUUUUUUCUCCGGUGAAGUUGUAUCAAGAUGGAAGUCAAAAGAGUUGAGAUAUCUGCUCUCCUUUGUGCUGAACAUCAGCCGGAUGACCGUCCACAGAGUUGCGGAGAGGCUAAAGAAUGGUGAAGAUCUUUCAGGUCUUCACCAUUCUUGAAAGAUCACUGAAAGAUCUUCACCAUUCUUGAGCCUCUCCGUGACUCUGUGAACGGUCAUCCGGCUGAUGUUCAGCUGCUUGGCUCUGUCAGACUUGUUGUGGCCAGCAUGAAGGAGAGCUGAUAUCUCAACUCUUUUGACUUCCAUCUUGAUACAACUUCACCGGAGAAAAAAAUUGUAUUAAGGACACCUGCCUAUAAGGUAGAACUUUCAGUUUAUUUAAUGGAAUUUUUCACUCCGACAUGUAAACGUCUCUAAAGAUCAUGAAACCGUGUAACAGAACUUUUGCAAAGCCCGGUAAUAAAAUAAUUUUUGUUUCCUGUGAACAUACUCAACCUUGUAGUCAACCAUCCACAAAAUUUAAUGAAUCGUGCAUUUGUUAGAAAUUUGCAAACAGAACAUGAACAGUGUCACGCUUUUAAUUGUUCAUGUUAUGGCCUGUUUUGGAUUUCAAGAUCAAAUUGUGUCUUAUUGUUUGUUGUUUUUACUACAGUUAUUUAAAGUAAUUAAGACCAAAACCUGAGAGAAGGGUCUAUUUAUUAUUCCCUCAAAGAAGAAUUGGGAGCCUGCAACCAGUCAAUGAUUAGUGAUUUUUCAGUGUUCAUAAAAGCCCUUCUUAUUCCCAAAUGACUCAUGUGAAGAUAUAAAUCUUUGAGUGUCCAACAGUAAUGAAUUUAAACAGUUUAUUGUUGGACUUCAGCGCCCCCCAUCCACCCCGACCUCCUCCUCCAGGCUGGAGAAAAAAGAAAGCAACAACCUGAAAAUAUAGUUCCACUGCAAUGCAAGAACAUUGGGUUUUGUAGGUCCUUAGCAGCCAAGAAGACCAACUAAAACUAUGCAACCACCUUGUUUAACCCACUGAACCCCGAGAAGAUGUUAUUUGUUCCAUGUCACAUUUUAAUUCACUGUGGGCUCAUUUUUCACUGCAGUAUAAAGUUCAGCACCUCUAUGGAAAGAAAACAACCAUGAUUGAAUUAGAGAGGACUCAGACGUCUCUCCUGUGCAGUUUGACAAAGUUAUAAUGGCAUGAAUAAAAGAUGAUAUAGUUGUUUAGUCAAAAAUAAAUAAAUAAAACAAAAACUGGAAUCAACUUUUUUUUCCCUCCCCAAAUGUGUAGCUUACCAAUAAUGGAAAAAUAAAUGUGAAGACACUAAAGAUUUUACUUCUUAUAUUUUUAAUUAGUUUUCAUACUUGUCUCCUCGCUCUAUGCUAACACUGCCUGCAGUUCAACUGAAUAGUCUCUAAAUUUUUAUCACAUGACUGUUGGUCACUGCUGAGUCAUAAAUGCCUUCACAGUUGUGCUGAGGAAUGUAGGAUUUUUGUUAUUUUACAAAUUCUUGCUGGAGCAAACAAUUUAUUUUUAACAAAUUUUUACAUGAGACGUAGAAUAAAGUAAGUUUGAUGAUAUAUCAUAAUUCUAAGAUGGGAUAUGAUUCAUUUUCUUGACAGAAACUUGUCAAAGACAAUUCAAGAAUGCCCUGAAAGUUGAAAAUCUGAAGAUUGUGUCUGUUUUCAGUUUCUGGCUGAUAGUAGUGUUAUUUUUGUAUUUUUUUAAUAAAAUAACUUGACUGUCAAACCCACCAGCAAAUUUUGGGUUUCAGAGGGUCAAACAAAACUAAUGUCAUGAGACUCAUUUAUGACUGCAAAAAUAAAUUAUGGAAAUAUUUUUUUAAACUACUAUUACGGACUGAACUCUAGUUUUGAUCUAAAUAAACUUCCGUAAUGUUGAUCAUAAAUAACGAACAGUCGAACCCUUUAACGUUAAGGGCUGCUGACAGAUUCUGAUGGUGACGACACAUUUUUUUAUAAAACAAUCCAGAUCCUCUAAACAAAGAGCACAUGAACGUCCUGUUGUGUCUGUAAAUGUGAUUAUCUCUCUCUGUUAGUUUGCUGUUAUCUUAUAAACUUCACUCCUCCACAGUUUAUCUCUUGAAGCAUUCUCACAUGCAGUCUCACGGUGAAUCAAACACCAGCACUUUUGUCGACGAGUAGCACUUAUUUAGUUCUGUUGUUCUGUAGAGAAAAUGAACGCUAAAAUACAGAUGCAUUAUAAAGAUUACCGUAAAUGAAACUGGGCAUCAAAAACCACUUCAGUUUAUAUUUUAAAGCAUUUGUCACUUUGUUCUGUCAAAGUCCAUCAGUUUUAUCAGAAAGUGUUUGUAAACAGAUGAAAUUUAAACGUUUAUUUUGAUAUUUUAAAACUGUAAACACGACAACAGCAAGAGAAGAAACAAAGGAAAAACUUUUUAAAAUGGUUUUUAUGCGGUAUAAACAGGAAAAAAGGAAUGUGACAGAAAAAGCUUUAGAACAAUUUGAACAGAUGUUGUUUAUUAGCUUUAUUGCUUGUAUUUGUUUGUGUAAAAAUUGUUUGCAAUAAAAUAUAGAAAAAUUAUCAUCA